UUUGCCGGCCGCCCCCCGCUCGGACUUGGCUCCCCCCUCCCCCGCACCUCCCCGGCCGCGGCUCUCGGCGCUUCCACGCUCUUGGAAUCACGACCCCUCCCUGCCAUGUAUCCGCAAGGCAGACAUCCGGCCCCCCAUCAACCCGGGCAGCCCGGAUUUAAAUUCACGGUGGCUGAGUCUUGUGACAGGAUCAAAGACGAAUUCCAGUUCUUGCAAGCUCAAUAUCACAGCCUCAAAGUGGAGUACGACAAGCUGGCGAACGAGAAGACGGAGAUGCAGCGCCAUUAUGUGAUGUACUAUGAGAUGUCCUAUGGCUUGAACAUUGAAAUGCACAAGCAGACAGAGAUUGCGAAGAGACUGAACACAAUUUUAGCACAGAUCAUGCCUUUCCUGUCCCAGGAGCACCAGCAGCAGGUGGCACAGGCUGUGGAGCGCGCCAAGCAGGUCACCAUGACGGAGCUGAAUGCCAUCAUCGGGGUACGUGGACUCCCCAAUCUGCCUCUCACCCAACAGCAGCUCCAGGCGCAGCACCUCUCCCACGCCACGCACGGCCCCCCGGUCCAGUUGCCACCCCACCCGUCAGGCCUCCAGCCUCCAGGGAUCCCCCCAGUGACGGGGAGCAGCUCGGGGCUGCUAGCGCUCGGUGCCCUGGGCAGCCAGGCCCACCUGACGGUGAAGGACGAGAAGAACCACCAUGAGUUGGACCACAGAGAGAGAGAAUCCAGUGCGAAUAACUCAGUGUCGCCCUCGGAAAGCCUCCGGGCCAGUGAGAAGCACCGGGGCUCUGCAGACUACAACAUGGAAGCCAAGAAGCGGAAGGCCGAGGAGAAGGACAGCCUGAGCCGAUAUGACAGCGAUGGUGACAAAAGUGACGAUCUAGUGGUGGACGUUUCCAAUGAGGACCCAGCGACACCCCGGGUCAGCCCGGCACAUUCCCCUCCUGAAAAUGGGCUGGACAAGGCCCGGGGCCUGAAAAAGGAUGCCCCCACCAGCCCCGCCUCGGUGGCCUCCUCCAGCAGCACACCUUCCUCCAAGACCAAAGACCUUGGUCAUAAUGACAAAUCCUCCACCCCCGGGCUCAAGUCCAACACGCCAACCCCGAGGAACGAUGCCCCGACUCCAGGCACCAGCACGACCCCGGGGCUCCGGUCCAUGCCGGGCAAACCUCCGGGCAUGGACCCGAUAGGUAUAAUGGCCUCUGCCCUGCGCACGCCCAUCUCCAUCACCAGCUCCUACGCGGCGCCCUUUGCCAUGAUGAGCCACCACGAGAUGAACGGCUCCCUCACCAGCCCCAGCGCCUACGCCGGCCUCCACAACAUCCCGCCCCAAAUGAGUGCAGCUGCCGCCGCUGCUGCCGCCGCCUAUGGCCGAUCGCCAAUGGUGAGCUUUGGAGCUGUUGGUUUUGACCCUCACCCCCCUAUGCGGGCCACGGGCCUGCCCUCAAGCCUUGCCUCCAUUCCUGGUGGAAAACCAGCGUAUUCUUUCCACGUGAGUGCUGAUGGGCAGAUGCAGCCCGUGCCCUUCCCCCACGACGCCCUGGCAGGCCCCGGCAUCCCCCGGCACGCCCGGCAGAUCAACACGCUCAGCCAUGGGGAGGUGGUGUGUGCUGUGACCAUCAGCAACCCCACGCGGCACGUCUACACAGGUGGCAAGGGCUGUGUGAAGAUCUGGGACAUCAGCCAGCCAGGCAGCAAGAGUCCCAUCUCCCAGCUGGACUGCCUGAACAGGGACAACUACAUCCGCUCCUGCAAGCUGCUGCCCGACGGGCGCACGCUCAUCGUCGGCGGUGAGGCCAGCACGCUCACCAUCUGGGACCUGGCCUCGCCCACGCCCCGCAUCAAGGCCGAGCUGACGUCCUCGGCCCCCGCCUGCUAUGCCCUCGCCAUCAGCCCCGACGCCAAAGUCUGCUUUUCCUGCUGCAGCGACGGCAACAUCGCCGUGUGGGACCUGCACAACCAGACACUCGUCAGGCAGUUCCAGGGCCACACGGAUGGGGCCAGCUGCAUAGACAUCUCCCACGAUGGCACCAAGCUGUGGACAGGGGGCCUGGACAACACCGUGCGCUCCUGGGACCUGCGGGAGGGCCGGCAGCUGCAGCAGCACGACUUCACCUCCCAGAUCUUCUCCCUGGGUUACUGCCCCACCGGGGAGUGGCUGGCUGUGGGCAUGGAGAGCAGCAACGUGGAGGUGCUGCACCACACCAAGCCGGACAAGUACCAGCUGCACCUGCACGAGAGCUGCGUGCUCUCCCUCAAGUUCGCCUACUGUGGCAAGUGGUUUGUGAGCACUGGGAAAGAUAACCUUCUCAACGCCUGGAGGACACCGUAUGGAGCCAGCAUAUUUCAGUCUAAGGAAUCCUCGUCUGUCUUGAGUUGUGACAUUUCGGCGGAUGACAAAUAUAUUGUAACAGGCUCCGGUGACAAGAAGGCCACGGUUUAUGAGGUCAUCUACUAAACAAGGACUCUAACAGGGCUGUCAAACGCUGGGAGAGACAGACUUGGCUGUGACAGGGAGACGCCGGCGAGGGGUCCGAGGAUGGCGAGGCCGGGCGAGCAGCCCAGCGAGCGAGCCUUGUGGGGCUGCGCUGUGGCGGCGGGGAGGGCGCGCCCGGCGCGUCCCGCCUCCAGGCACAGAGGGAUGUGUCUCACGGACUCCGACGGAUUUCUCUUCUCCUCUCCUCCUUCACCAUCCUGGCAGACGUUACAAAUAGAUUUAUUUGGAGGUUCGUGGCUCCAGCUCCCCAGAGACACCCUCCUGAAUCUCUGUGUUUCCUUCCCCUUUCUUUUGACCUGUCCGCCUGCCCUGGGUCGGGGACACUGGAGUGGACCACAUAUCUGUGCUGGGGUGGGGCGGGGGGGAUCUCAUUUUCUCACUUGUGCAGCGCACGAGGUUUGUGAAAAAUGUAAAUAACAGACUCCUAUCUCGGACUGCUCAGCGGGGGAGGAGGCCCCUUCCCACCGGAAACGCUAGCCGUGUAUUUCGCCUGCUGUAUUUGUAACCCACUCGUGGUGGUGGCUUUUUUUUUUUCUUUUUUUUUUUUAACAGAAGUUCCCAUCUGGGAAGGGGGCGCAGGGAGGGGAAGCAAAAUGGAGAAGGGGAGGAAUGGGGAGAGAAAUCCUGGGGUAGAGGAAGGGAGCUGCGGCUGGUAACCAGACUGACCAUCAGGCACCCCUGGAAUGAGUGUGCCUCCGGUGUCCUGGGGAAUUCCCAGGCGGGUCAAGGUCGACACCACACAGCCUGGCGGACAGUGCUUGAGUCGGGCCAGCCUGGGCUGGGCCACAGAGACGGUCAGGUUUUUCUGUGGCCUCCUGCACUCCAUCUGCCUCUUGCCCUCUUGUCUCCCUCUCUCAGGGGUCUGACAUUUGCUCACUCUCCCUUCCUGGACUCGGUCUCUCUUUGGUGCACACUCAGUCAUCAUGUUGAGAAAUGGAGUUCAGAAGAACUCUCUUUCCGGCUCUUCUUAAUCUGCAGACACAACCUAAAAAGGACAGCAAGUUAGACGAAAGCAUAGCAAUUCAGCUCAGGGAGCUACCAGAGAAAAAUAGCAACUGAUGUGGGUGCUUUUUUUUCUUUUUUUUCUUUUUUUUUUAAAUUGGAAUAAAAAGAAUUAGAAGUGAUGUCCUUUUAUAAAA